GGAGUGGCCGGGACUUCGCGUGAGGAGAGCUAGCCAAGCGGCUGCAGGCAGCUCGUGAGAUUUCCCGUCAGCCUCUGGGCAAAAACAGCGGAGGCGAAGGCGAAGGCGAGGGCUACGGAGACGACGCGAGGGCGAGGGAUGGCGGAGAACAACUCGGAAAGCAGCGGCUCCGUUCACCGCCGGUGUUUGAGUCAUUCUUCGGCGGAGAGAAGCCCCCCGCCCGGUGCGGGCUCGUCUAAGUGGAUUCGGCUAAAUGUCGGCGGGACCUAUUUUUUAACAACCAGACAGACCUUGUGUCGAGAUCCCAAAUCGUUUCUUUACAGGCUGAGCCAAGCGGACCCGGAGCUCGAUUCGGACAAGGAUGAAACCGGUGCCUAUCUCAUUGACAGAGACCCAACUUACUUUGGGCCGGUGCUCAACUACUUGAGGCAUGGCAAGCUGGUGCUCAACAGGGACUUGGCAGAAGAAGGCGUCCUGGAAGAAGCCGAAUUUUACAACAUCACAUCAUUAAUAAAGCUCAUCAAGGACAAGAUCAGGGAACGGGACUGCAAGACAUCGCAGGUGCCAGUGAAGCACGUGUACCGAGUGCUUCAGUGCCAGGAGGAGGAACUGACACAGAUGGUGUCGACCAUGUCGGACGGCUGGAAGUUUGAACAGUUUGUCAGUAUAGGUUACGGGCGGGCCCAGCGGUCGGAGUUUCUACUCAUUGUGUCAAGGGAGGUGAAGGGAGAGGAGUCUGCUUUGCCAAACAACAGCGGAGAGCUGGUCAGCAUCGGCUCCUCUUACAACUACGGCAACGAAGACCAAGCUGAGUUCCUGUGUGUUGUCUCCAAGGAGCUGCACAAUCAAUCCUACGGGACAAACAGCGAGCCCAGCGAGAAGGCCAAGAUUCUUCAGGAAAGGGGUUCCCGUAUGUGAGGACGACUGAGUAUUAGGAGCUCCAGGUGUUAUGAUGCAAACAUAUCAUUCUCGUGGAAAACUAUUUGGCACAAUAGGAGAUUCAAGCGGGGAGGGGAGAGAAAGGGGAGGAGGGGGUUGUGCAUUUAUUUUCUGUUUCCCUCCAUAUUUGUUUUUUUUUUUUUUGUUUGUUUUUGAUGUAAAUAUGACUGCUUACUGACAAUUGGUGCCUGUACAUUUGAACUGGAACUUAUCAACUUGAGGCAGGUCUCUUUUUUUUUUUCCUCUCUCUUCUUCCCCCCUUUUUUAACUAAUUGAAAAAAAAAUGGCUGUCAUCAUAUCGGCCAGUGAUUCUCUCAGGGUCAUCUAUCCAUCGAUCUUGACUUAAUGAUAUCCUCCAGCUUGAUCUUGCAAGGGAUCCGGGCGCUCUUUGUGUUUUAAAAGCGUCCCAUUGUUUGGAGAUGGCAAGAAGGGAAUUUGCAUUUCUUUUAAGAAAAAGACAACGACCUGAAAUCAAAUCACUUUUUGAUGUUUAUUUUAUUUUAUUUUUUAAAGGCAGCUUCACCGCCGUUAGUGGUCAUGGUACCGACUGUAUCAUUGUGUAGCGGCAUGCACUGUCUUCCAACAAGGCCUCUUCACUCGGCAGAUGCACGUGGUAAGAAUAGUUCCGAACCUUUUCUCAGCACUUAGAUAGGACGUUUCAGACUCAAGAUUGCUGCAGCUCAUUAAAAAAAAAAAAAAAAAAUCACGGUUUUAAGUCAUUGAAUUGGAGACAUCAUGUUCAUACGUUGGAAGUGAACUGCUUCAUAUGAUGUAGUUCUGUUUAACACUUGUGUUGUCCAGUGUCAGGAACAUCCUUUUUUUUUUUUUUUUUUUUUGCCAGAUUGACUUAUUGGUUCUAUUGUUUUUGUUUGAGGGAGCAUCUCUUUUUAUAUCAGGGCCUAGAAGAAGUAUUUGUGGGGGGCAUAGGAGGAUUGUGGACUGGAACUUUUUUUUUUUAAGGACAAUGAACAAAAUCUCUGUUCAUAUCCAGAGAAUUUAGUUUUAGUGUAAAUAAUUUAAGAAAAACAAUAUUGAUAUUUAACUAUUUGAAAGAAAAAAAAUAAUGCACGUUUUGUACACUGUAUAGAAAAACAUGACUUCAAAUGGAAGUUGUUAUUCUGGAUCCUUUUUUUUUUUCCAACAACAAAAAAGACCUUCCGUUUUUGCAUAGUUUGUACAGGAUUGAAGAGAUUUCUGAGUGAGAUUGAACAAGGUGUCUUCACUGAGAACAUGCCUCUACAUGUUUUAUUAAUAACAAAGCCAAACUUGGCUUUGAAGUUGACUGUUACAUGAUUUUUUUCUUCUCCUGCCGUGCGAUAGAUUCUACUCAACAUUUUUUAAAUGUGUAGUUAAUAUACAGCAUUACAUGCACUACAGUUGGAGGAAAAAAACAACACUGUGCACAUUGCGAACAGCCUGUAAUGUUAUUUGUAUAUACUGAAAUUUCAAAACUUUUUUUUUUAAACAGUUGUUUUUGGGUUUGAUGUGCAGUUUUGAUAGGUUGAAAUAUUUCAGUCACAAUUAAUCAUUUGGUGUUGCCUUGUUUUCCUCUCCCCAAAUGACCAAAAUCUAAUGUCUUACGUGAAUUGCACACAUUGAUCUUUAGUGUCAGGGAAGAGCAAACUUUUUAUUAUUGCCGGCACACUUUGUACAUAUGGACUCGUUAACAACACUUCCAUGUAUUCACACGAACACUUGACUAAAACUGUUUUCUAAGUAUGGAUGCAUGUUUUUUUUAAAUAUAUAUAGAUACACAUUUCCCCUCACACAAGGGCUUUUUAAGUAAAAAAAAAAAAAAUAGAUUAGCAAAAGGGGUCUAUUGGAGUAGACUGGAUAUUCGGCAAGUGCUAGGCCGUGUUUACAUUUGCUCGAGUAUUCUGAAACCUUCCAACGUGUGUUCUGUGUUGCGCUCCCUGAUGCAUGUCAAAGGUGUGUGAGACCGCACCUCUGGUAACAAGCACUCCGCGUGAAGUGACCACACAAAGAUGCUGACUGAUGUUGUGCCACUCCAUCCGCCAGGGCUCCAGGAUUUUUUUUCCCCCCUCUCCUCGGGGCUUAAAAAAUUAAUAAUUUAUAAAUAUAUUUUAGACUAUCAAAUAGAAUGCUGGAGAGGCUAAAGUGGGGUUACACGGGAUUCUGAUGGGUUUAUAGGGCCCCCAGAAGGCCAGAGUAGCGCCAUCCCUGCCAUCUGCCCACUCGAGCGUUGCAGACAAUCUUGAUUGCCGCCCUCCUGUUGGCAUUGAUGAAAUUUACCUCUAUGGGUUUUGAACAGUGUUUUUGUUUUUAGGUGGGAGCGUACCUUUGCAGUGAGAUUUUCUAAUUUUCCUGUGUGGUUGUGUAAUCUCAGUGAAGGUGUUCUGAGGAGGCCUUCCGACGCCUCAGGAUGAUUCUUGGGGACCAUCGCCAUCUUGUGGCAUGUGUAAUAUAAUAAUUAUGUUUGAUGGGAAAUCAUGUCAAAGCUGUAGCCUACUACUCUUAAGUGCCCUGUUUGUUUUUGCAUUUAAAGUCAUAAGCCACAAACCACCGAGAUGCAUGAUUCAAGAUAACAUUUUAUGUUUGUGAAAGAAUGCAAUGUCAACUCCCCACCCACCACCCUCCACAUUCAAUCUGACAGUUACGUCGAUGAUUGUUUUCAUAUCACUAAGUACAUCACUUCUAUAUGAUCUUAUGCAAUGUGUAUAAACUAUGAAUUAGAUAAAGGGGAUAAAUCUAUUGUGGUCUUGAGAAAGGUGAAGCCAAUAAAAAAAGUUGUCAUUCA